CUUCCCCACCUCGCCAGCCUUCUCUCCCUCGAAUUUCUGUUCCCCCAAAGAGCUGACUGAUCCGUGUGCUCGCGUCAGACCCAAGAAUGCAAUGUGGAGCUAAGACCAGCUCUGUGGAGUCAUGUGCUUUCAUAUCUUGGAAGCAACUGGUGUAAACCGUGAAGACUUGGCAGGAAUCCACAUCCCAUGGGCUGAAGCUGCCGAAUUCUUAAACCAGCUUCCUGUGUGGGAGAUCAGUGUUGUGCGCGAUUCAUGUUAUCGUACUUUCCCAAUGGAUCCCGUUCAUUCUCAAACUGAUGGGCCAGAGGACCUGGAGGAUGAGGAAGGCCCAACAGCGCCUCCCAUUGGAAUGCUGGACCAGGUGACGGGCUAUGAGGGGACUGUUGCCGGUGGAGGUGGAAAUUACAUUUGUCCACCAACUUACCCAUCCGACAGGAGGGAGCAAGCACAACCCCAACUGGAGUGGAGAAUUCCGUCCAUUACCGAAGAUGCAGCGAGAGAGGCGUUGAUGCAGUUCGCCACUGCUCAUUGCUGUUACAGCCGCAGUCCCGCCAGAAACAUGGUAUUUCAGGACCUCACGCCCUGCAACAUGUACAGGUACCGUCUCGAGACCUUCACCGAAUCCCGGCUAACUGAAUGGACUCAUGUACCCUUUACUGGACAAUCUGUUGACAACAGUGCCUGUGGAACCCCUCCCCUUCCGUGGGACAUCACCAUUGAGGUACCCCCCAUGUUUCAGGACUUCACGAAGAAAGUCCCAGUUCCUCAUACUGCAGCUGCCAAGCGAUGCCACAAGUGCAAGGGCAGACGGAAGUACCGGUGUUCUCAGUGUGGUGGAAAAGGAAAGCUGAAGUGCCUGUCGUGUGGAGGGCGGGGGCUGUUACAUGGAAACAAGCGGUGCAUCCAAUGUGGAGGCAGUGGAUCAAAACGGUGCGGCCCUUGUCUCGGCCGAGGCACUCGAUCUUGUCAUGUCUGCAAAACUAGUGGCCAGCUGCUCUUCUACAUUCAGCUGACAAUAAAAUGGACCAAUAACAUCUUUGAACAGGUAGCUGACCAACAAAUUGGACUUCCUGUGACACUCUUUAGUAAUGUAACGGGACAGAAUGUCUUCACCGAUGAAAACUACGAGGUCUAUCCGAUAAUUGGUUUUCCAGAUACUCUAAUUGAUCACAUCUCCCAUCAAGGGGUUCAAGAACAUCAGGACAAGUUUGGAAGAACAAUGUGUAUUCUCCAACAGCGGCAGACAAUCGAACUAAUUCCGGUGACCAAAGUGCAGGUCCAAUGGAAAGGACAAGAGCACAGUUACUUUGUAUAUGGCACAGAAAGCAAUGUCCAUGCACCAGACUACCCCGGCAAGUGCCACUGUAACAUUCUUUGAUUCCUUACCUUCUGUGUCUUUCCAUGGAUGAUCAAUGGUGGUUUGUUCAACCUCUGGGAGAAUGGGGAUAGGCGGGAGAGGUCUCAUGAUGUUACGUAGAAGAACGAGAUAUUCUGUAUUUCAACAUUGCGUUCCUUCCCCUCCAUCAACCCCGAAAUUCCUUAAACAUCUCAUUGCUGUUUAAGGUCUUGGUCAUUUGACUGCAGCUUUUGCCUACAACACAACUGCUGCCCUUCACCAUACUUUGUUGCACCUAAACCAUUUUGAGAGGUGGGCUGAAGCUUCAUAUAAAUGUACAUUUAGAAUUUGCUGCCUCCCAAAAACAUUCAGUUUCACUGUUCACAUUUAAAAUCCAUUGGAAAAAUGAAAUCACUGCCAAUUCUGUUGCUGCAACUGGACAAAUUAGCAAAGCUACUGGAUCAAUCAACAGUUUCAGCGGUCAUUGAGAUGUCCUAUUGGCCUUGAUGCACUGUUUUAGACAGUGGAUGAAUUAAUCAGGGUUUUUCAUAUUCAUUCACAACCCAAUCCCUCACCGAUUUUCCACCACUCUACCCCACGGAAAUGUGUUCACAUCAGGAUAUAGUUCUUCUAGCACUAGUUGCAAUUUAUUUUACACAAGUGUUGAGUUUUGAGCAUUGGUGUCAUGGUUGCCAAUUAUUACCCACCCCUCAAUGCCCUUGUAAAGAUGAUGCCAAGCAUGGUCAAACUGUCUCCUGAUAGGUUCUCAACUAUGCCCAGUAGAAUUCUACAGUAGAAAACUGGAUGGAGAGUCAACACUCAGCUAUUAGUGAUAGACACAAAAUCCUGGAGUAACUUAACAGGUCAGGCAGCAUCUCUGGAGAAAACGAAUAGGUAACUUUUCGGGUAUGGUCCCUUCUUCAGACUGAUUAUAGUUGGGAAAAAGGGAAACAUGGAAGAAACUGGAAGCAAGGCA